AUGGUGGAAGUCAUGAACGAUGGCGGGGAAAUCGUCGCCCAGGAACUGCGUCUGUUUGUCUCUCCUUUCGGCUCCUAUCUCAGCUCGCAGGACCUCGUCGAUCUCACGCCGGCGUUCACAGGAGAUCUAGAAGUCGCAGACCUGCCGACAACCGGAACUGCAAAGGAAGUGGAUGUGUCCAGCGCUCUGGUUCCUGGCUCCUUAGAGACCUGUGGCCAGUACUUCCUGGUGGCAGCAAUUCGAGAUAAAGGCACAACAAACAGGCCAGCACAGGGUAGCAUCAGCAUGAAGAAGGAAUGUGAAGAGGAUAUCGACCUCAAAUGGUUUUUGGAACUCAGUGAAGAAGAAGGAACACCUGAUUUGUACAUGGCCUCAGGCAGUAACAUCGUUGCCAAAGGUGGGAAACUGAGUAUCCUCAACACUGGAAACGGAAACCUCGCCCUUCGCUCAGCUGUGGACACGCCCGAGGUCGCAGCCUACCUUGGGCCCAGGUCGUGGGAGUGGGACCUCCACUAUAAGUUUCAGUAUCCAAACGGGAGUACACUUCAGGAAAUCAUGGAAAGAACACUAGCCAGUCAUCGUGAGUACUUCGACGUAUAUAAUGUUGAGGACUUCAUCCAACUUCAAGGCUGGAGUACGCUGCUUGUGGACGUUUCCGCGGCGACCAGUAUCGACCUUCCAGCUGGUGGGGAUCUGGAGGUGGACUUGGAGAUGCUAGAAGCACCGAAGAACAUCCCAUGUUUAGACGAAAUUGGCCUUUUGGUGCUUAUUAUUGACCCUCAAAAUAAAACCAGUGACUCCAACAUGACAAACAACGUAGCUGUGUUACCCGUUGGUUUAUCUUGCCUAAGCAAUUCCUUGGACCCUAGCUUCGAUACCCCGAACUGCCUAGUCAUUCCCAACCUGAAUCAUGACGGCAGGAGCGCCACCAUGGUCAUGAAAAGAUUUGGAGACACCGAGGCCUAUGAGUUCAAGACCCGGAAAGGCCGCGAGGGCUUCAGGAAGAUGAGGACCGACGAGCUGCGAGACGAGAUCGCGCAGUAUGAAAUGGCGAGCGUGCGCAUGGAACGCCUCAAGGCCCUAGGGAAGUGUCCUGAGGAGGCCGACGAAGAGGAAGAAGCAGACGAUCCGUGGGCCCAAGAUCUCCUGUCGGUGGUCACUUCCAUGAAGGACGGCCUUGACCAGCUGACAGUGGCGAACGAGGGCGCCGCAGCCGAGCACGAGAAGAUCCAGACGCUGCUGGGACUCGCGAAGGACCUCCUGAUGCUGACCCUGGAGGAGAACGGCCCCGUGCGACACGUCGUCUUAAGCUUCCUCAACCGCCUCCCCAAUCUGUUUCUGAAGGAUAUCACCAUGCUGAUAGGACCCCAGAGGGCCUGCAUGUAUGGACAGGCUGCGCUUCUCGAGUCGGUGGGCGGCCCGGCGGCUGAGCUGGCCAAGGAGAUGAUGGAAGUGAGCAUGGGCGACCCUCCGGCUUGGACGACGACCCGCCACGAUGCGGCCUGCAGACCGGGUCAACCGAGGUGUGUGGACGGGACUUGCCUUAGGAAAAACAACAUUUGCGACGGCAGAAUGGACUGCGUCGAUGGGCUGGACGAAGACCCGCGGAUCUGUGCAACCAUGAGCAGAGGCUCAUUCGACCCCUCGUGUAGCCUGAACUGCACCAACAUGAGCGGCGACCGCGUCUGCAUCCCGGCCCUCUGGCUUUGCGACGGGAUGGCCGACUGCGGAGACAACCUGGACGAAGACGUGCUGCUGUGUCCCUUCAAUAAGACGCAGGGAACGUCCUUCCUGAAGGACAAGAAGGAGAAGCCCAUAGACAUUGUUUCGGACAUGAUGGGUGGGACGAAGACGGUUUCCAAGGACGCCGAGUGGUCCGAAGGAAGCGAGAAAAGGGAUGGCAAAACCUCCGAGCGUUCUCGAACCAAAAGAAAUUUCAUUUACUUCCCUGACCAAGACACCACGCCGCAGCCGAGGCCGGAGCGGUCGUUUCCUGAAGACGUUGACGAUGGCUUACUCUCCGAAACCUACGAUUAUGGGGACGAUUAUUCCUACGAAGGUUUCGCAUACGGCGAUCAGCAGAAUGGAGGAGGUUUCAAUAACUAUGGCGGCGGGUUCGGUCCAGGUGGCCGCCCUCCUCCAUUUGGCGGCCCUCCUCCUUUUGGCGGCCCUCCUCCAUUUGGGCCACGUGGGAGACACCCGGCCAUGCAAGCCAUCCGCGAGAUGGUGCCGCCACUCCUGCGCCGCUUGGUCAUGCAGGUUUACUUCAGGCUGGCCACAGGAGCUGAAGCGGAGGACCUGACCGAGCUCUCCUUCCUGCCCAUGUCGACCCGCGAGUACAUCAAGAACAUCUACGACUACGUGACCACCGGCGAGCCGCCGCGAGUCUGCGAGCCGUGGAGGAUCGCCGCCGCGAAUAGCUCGGUGAUGGACAUGCUCGUGUUGUACAUGAUGCAAAACCCGUUCAACAACCCAAUGACCGUGACCCAGGAGAAGGUCAACCAGCUCCUUGGCUUCUUGAAGAACAACGUGUCCGAGGAAGUCAGGAAAGUCAUCAGAGGAGACGAAGAGUCUCGAUCUAUCUUCUUAGUUUACAUUGACAUCCUGAGAGAGAAUUCAGAAGACAUCAUUGAUCUCAUAAAAGAGGGCGUUCGAAUGAUGAUGCUCUCCCCCGAGGAACUGUGCAUGUUGGUUACGACGAAGCCAGGACCGGAACCCGACGAUGACAUGCGCUGUAUGAGAAUGGCUCAGAAGGACGUACUGAAGAUUGCCGAGUCGGAAGAGGACAAAGAAGAUCCCUUCUUCCAGAAUCCACUGAAGCAAGCAUUGUCCAUGGCUUUGAAAAAACACAUGAAAACGGUGUACUGGAAACAAGAGCAAGGCGCAGUGUUCCGAGGAAGAAGGUCCGGGAUCACUGGGACGAUGACGUGGGAUAAAGUGGCCAUGUGCAGUUGCUCGUCUUGUGGCGGAGGCUCCGACG